AUGGCUGGCCGGGUGUUCCUUGUGAACACCUCCUCACGGCGCCAGGCCAAGCCCUCGAAGCAGGCAGCCCGGCCCCGGGGGCGGGACCCCUUCCCCGGCCCGGCCCCUCUCUCCCGGCCGCAGCCACCCGGGGCCCAGCGCCGCGACGGGGCCGCGGGUGGCAAGAGCGCAGCCAGAGCCGUGCGGUCCGCGCUGGUGCUGGUCCCGAGGGCGCCCAGGGGACCCGAGAGCGCACGGGCCCCAGGUUCUAGUGCAGAGCCGGACUCGGAGCAGCAGUACUUUCUGUCCGCGCUCGUUUUCGGACGCACGUUCCCACGCCUGGCUGAAGUGGCCGUGGCCCAGAGCCUGCCCCUCCUAUCUGGGUUGGAGGUAGUAGCGGGACCGGCUCACCCUUCGGAGGCAGCACCAGAAGAGGGCGCCCUGGAGGAGGAGGCACCCCCCAUGCCCCAAGACAAUGACCCUGAGGCCCCCCAGGCCCUGGACAGCACUGACCUCGACGUCCCCACAGAAGCUGUGACAUGCCAGCCUCAGGGGAACCCCUUGGGCUGCACCCCACUACUGCCGAAUGGUUCUGGCCACACCUCAGAGCUGGACGACACCAGGUGCGCGGGGAAUGGUGCCCUCAGAGGCCCCAAGGCCACCCGGAAGUUGCAGGCGCAUCCAUCUCUCGCCAGCCAGGGCAGCAAAAAGAGCAAGAGCAGUAGUAAAUCUGCCGCCUCCCAGAUCCCCCUGCAGGCACAGGAAGACUGCUGCGUCCACUGCAUCCUGUCCUGCCUGUUCUGCGAGUUCCUGGCGCUGUGCAACCUGGUCCUGGACUGCGCCACGUGCGGCUCCUGCAGCUCCGAGGACUCCUGCCUCUGCUGCUGCUGCUGCGGCUCCGGGGAGUGCGCCGAC